AUGUUUUCAUUACGCACUCUGCCAGCUCGAGCGGGCAGGCCUUCGAUCUGCGCAAAGUGUCUGCGUCUCAAUCGCAUCUCCGCACGACCCCUCUCGCUCCUCUCUACGAACGCCUCUCGGCCUUCUGCGUACCAAAAGCCCCCCGCCAAACCUCACCCAUCUUCGAUUCUCAUCCCCUCACGAAACUUCGCCACAAAAUCCACAGCGGAUGAGUUGAUAGAGAAUAUCCAAGAGCAGUAUGCUACUGCCCGCGACGAGUUCGAAAUCGCCACCGAGGAAACGGAGAAGAAAUCUGUGUAUGCGGCCGAUGACCGCGCUGCGGCGAGGGAAGAGCUGGAUAAAUUGAAGGAGAUGUUUGAAGAGGCUUUGGCUGGAAGCGAAGGCGAGGAGGUCCAGAGGAGGGUUGGGCAGAGGAUUAGGGAGUUGGAUAAUGCCGUUGCGGGCUUGGAGAAGGCUGCUUCAGAGGAAUAA